UUGGGAUGUGCCGCAGCCGCAGCAGCAGCAGCAGCAGCAGCAGCAGCAGCAGCAGCAGCAGCAGCAGCAGCAGCAGCAGCAGCAGCAGCAGCAGCAGCAGCAGCAGCAGCAGCAGCAGCAGCAGCAGCAGCAGCAGCAGCAGCAGCAGCAGCAGCAGUAGCAACAGCAGCAGCAGCGGCGGCGGCAGCGGCAGCAGCCGCAGUGGGGUCUUGGGGGUGCUGGGAGAGGUGGAGGCUCUAGAGGUGCGGCCUCGGGGCGGUCACUGUCCCAGGGACAGU